AUACAUCGUGUAUAUGGAUGAAAACGCUGACGCAGAAGGCAAUUACACGUUGAUAGCCCGGAAGCCGCUCGAGAACAAGGAGAAUGAAUACGGAUUGUUUCCGGUUGGAGUGUUUGCAUUGCGUCGAAUAGAUUCUAAAUUACCUAUUCUUCAUUUAACCGACACCAUUGACUGGAUAACUGGAGAACCACCCAAUGCGGCACCUGUGUGUGGUUUUCGAGGAGAAAAGUGUAUCA